AUGAACAGGAUCCGCAGGAUGUGCGAGAGGCUGCCACAUAAAUUACACUUUAAUUUUGGAGCAUUUUUGGCCACGGCUUAUAAAUCAACCGAGUUCCAGCAAGCGCGGCGACGACGACGACAGCUGGUUGGCUCUCUCCGCCGGAUUCCCGCCGGCUGCGGGAGGCUCCUGCUCCUCCGGGCUUUUCCUCGUGGAGGAAAGUACUUGGUCCUUCGGCUCCCCUUCGAUCCCCACGCUGCUCUGAGGGGCCAGGCCACUCGCAAUAUUGAAAUUUCAAUUUAA